AUGCCGCAAGAUUUGGCACCCGACACAAUCCGGAUUCUGGUAUCAACUGAUAACCAUGUCGGAUUCGAAGAACGAGACCCAAUCCGUAAGGAUGAUAGUUGGCGCACCUUUGACGAGAUCAUGCAGCUCGCCCGCACCAACGACGUCGACAUGGUUCUUCUCGGUGGAGAUCUCUUCCACGACAACAAGCCCUCGCGAAAAUCGAUGUACCAAGUCAUGCGCUCCCUCCGAAAAAACUGUCUUGGCAUGAAGCCAUGCGAACUUGAGUUCCUCAGUGACGCUGCCGAAGUUUUCGAGGGCGCCUUCGCCCACGUCAACUACCAGGAUCCUGAUAUCAACAUCUCUAUACCCGUUUUCUCCAUCCAUGGGAAUCAUGAUGACCCAAGUGGCGACGGCCACUAUUGCUCGCUCGACCUGCUUCAGGUGGCAGGACUGGUCAAUUACUUUGGCCGUGUUCCCGAGGCGGACAAUAUCCAAGUCAAGCCGGUUUUGCUGCAAAAGGGGAACACCAAGUUAGCCCUCUAUGGGCUCAGUAAUGUGCGCGAUGAACGUAUGCACCGCACAUUUCGAGACAACAAGGUUAGAUUCUACCGACCCGGCCAGCAAAAGACCGACUUCUUCAGCCUUCUGGCCGUGCACCAAAACCACUACGCGCACACCCCAACGAGCUAUCUCCCCGAGAACAUGUUGCCGGACUUUCUUGAUCUCGUUAUUUGGGGUCACGAGCACGAAUGUCUCAUCGACCCCCAGCGAAAUCCAGAGACCGGAUUCCACGUCAUGCAACCAGGUUCCUCUGUAGCUACCUCUCUCGUGCCUGGGGAGGCUGUAACGAAACAAGUCGCAAUUCUCAGCGUCACUGGAAAAUCCUUCGAAAUAGAGAAGAUCCCGUUGAAGACCGUUCGACCAUUUGUGACCCAAGAAAUCAUCCUCGCCAAUGACAAACGAUUCAAGGGGCUAGAAAGGAAGCAGGAUAACCGCCAAGACAUCACGAAGCGACUCAUGUCGAUUGUUGAAGAGAUGAUACAGGAAGCUACUGCGAAGUGGCAGUCCAUACACGGCCAAGGGGAGACGCUCGUCGACCCGAGCGAGGAUGGCGGGCCACCGCUACCACUGAUACGACUGAAAGUAGAAUAUACCGCCCCCGAGGGCUCCAGAUUUGAGGUGGAAAAUCCGCAACGUUUUUCCAACAGGUUUGCGGGGAAAGUCGCCAACCAAAACGAUGUGGUGUACUUCUACCGGAAAAAGGUGGGCGCCUCAAGGAAAACAAAAGAUUCCAGCGGUCUCCCAGCAGGCGUUACUGAGGGUCUUGAAUCGGUCGACACGGUCAAAGUCGAUACGCUGGUGCAGGAGUUCUUUGCGCAGCAGUCGCUCAAAAUCCUCCCCCAAGCGCCGUUUGGGGACGCUGUCAAUCAGUUCGUCAGUAAGGACGACAAGCAUGCAGUUGAGAUGUUUGUCAUAGACUCGCUCUCCUCCCAGGUCAAAGGGUUGCUCCAGCUUGAUGACGACAAGAUCACCGAGGGACUAGAUGCUCAUAUCGACGAUUUCCGCAAAGUCAUGGAGAAAAGUUUUGUGUCGGGGCAACAAAAGCAAGCCCAGCGCAAGAAGCGAUUCAAGGAAAAGCCAGAUGGUUGGGACUCUGACUUGGAUGGCCACUGGACCGCUCAACCGGGUGCCAUUGAAGAAGUUCCAGCGUCUCCAGAGCCGCCAGCCUUGUCUGGACGAGGGCGGGGCCGGGGACGGCCGACGGACAACCCUGCGUUUAGCGAAGAGGAUGAAGACGAACUACCUAUUGAAGAGCCCCCGGCGCAGAAGAAGGCACCAGCUAAAAGGGUUGCAGCUACUAAGGCGACAAAACCUCCCAAAAAGGCACCUCCAGCCAAGAAGGCGGCCGCUACAAGAAAGGCCCCAGCUCGGGGGCGGAAGAAGGCCAACCCGUUCCAAGAUAGUGAUGAAGACGAGGAGGAGGAGGAGGCAGAAGAUGUGAUCAUGGAAGAUGAUGAUGUGGAACUAGAACCACCCGCAAAGACAGCAGCACCCACUCGACCAACCCGAAGCCGAGCUGCGGCUAGCAGAACACGACAAACGACAAUCAAUUUCUCACAGUCCCAAAAGAACAAGGCGCAGAAGGCUAUUGAGAUUAGCGACGAUGAGAUUUCAGAGGACGACGCCUUUGAAUCAAUGCCAUCCACACGCGCUAGGAGACGUUAG